GGUCGGUGAAAGUGGGACAACUGUGCAACUAUAUAUAUAUACAACCACGACGUCGUGACAAUCCACUCGAUACUCACCACUUCCGUGUGCUGAUAACAUUACCACAAACAAUCUCUGUCGAACAACACUGUCUCGACCCCUAUACCCGUCUGAGAAACAACAAGCAAACCAUGGUCGGACUCUCAUCUCUCCUCCCCGGUUCCAAGUCCGAGUCGAAAGACUUUGACGUCGAGGCCGUCCUCUCCUCCUUGUCUCUGGCCGAGAAGAUCUCUCUUCUCGGAGGAAAGGACUUCUGGCACACGGUCGAUAUCCCCGAGAAGAACAUCCCCUCUGUCCGAGUUUCUGACGGGCCCAACGGUGUCCGAGGCAUUCAAUUCUUCAACGGAACCCCAUCCAACUGUUUCCCCUGUGCCACCGGUUUGGGUUCCUCGUUCGACGUCGCCCUCGCUCAAGAGGUGGGGAAACAGCUCGGAGACGAGUGUAAAGCCAAGGGAGCGCACGUGCUCUUGGGACCCACGAUCAACAUUCAGAGGAGCCCGUUGGGAGGACGAGGGUUCGAGAGCUAUUCCGAGGACCCGCUUCUGAGUGGAAAGAUGGCCAGUGGAUAUGUACAGGGAGUACAGGGAGAGGGUGUGGCCGCCUGUCUCAAGCACUUUGUCGGUAACGAGCAAGAGUUCGAGAGGUUCUCCAACGACUCGAUCAUCCCCGAGCGAGCCUUGAGGGAGAUCUACCUCGAGCCGUUCAGGAUCGCUACCAAGGAGGCCAAGCCGUGGUGCUACAUGUCCUCAUACAACCGAGUAAACGGAACCCACGUGAGCGAAUCGAAAGACUUGCUCGACGACGUCCUUCGAAAGGAGUGGGGUUGGGAGGGCAUGAUCAUGUCGGAUUGGACUGGCGUUUACUCUUCCGAGGCCAGUGUCAAGGCUGGUUUGGAUCUCGAAAUGCCCGGCCCUCCCGUUUACCGAGGAGCUCAGACCGCUCGAGACGUUUACAGCGGAAAAUUGCAGCAACACCACAUCGACGACCGAGUGCGACAAGUCCUCAAGCUCGUCAAGCGGGCCAUCGACUCGGGUAUCCCCUUCGAAGCCCAAGAAUCUUUGAUCGACAACGACCAGACCCGAGCCCUCUUGCGCAAGGCCGCUGCCAACGCUAUCGUUCUCUUGAAGAACGACAAGCAAGUCUUGCCCAUCAAGCAGGCUCAGAAGAUCGCCGUGAUCGGAUCAAACGCCAGGGUCGCCGUUGCUUCUGGUGGUGGUUCUGCCUCGAUGUUGUCGAGCUACACCGUCACCCCGCUCGAGGGUAUCACCGCGGCCGCCAAGGAAAUCGGCGCCGAGGUCGACUAUGCCAUCGGGUCGGCUUCGUACCUCUACCUGCCUGCCGCUUCCAAGCUUUUGUCCCACCCGAGCGGAAGCGCUGGGGCCAAGGGAUCGGAUAUCGCUCAGAUGGAGUUCUGGUUGCAGGAACCUUCGUCGGACUUCAAGUCGACCGACAAGGCCGGCGUCAAGAUCUCGUCCAAGCCUGAUCACUCGGUCGCAACCAACACUGCCAACGCGUUUAUGAUGGACGGUGUACCCGCUGAGAUCGCCAAGGGAGAACCGUUCAUCAGGUACACCUCCAACUUCAAGCCGGAUCAAUCGGGAGAUUGGGAAUUUGCCCUUGGAUCCAUGGGAGAAUCCAACCUGUACGUCGAUGGCAAACUCGUCAUCAACAACAGUUCGGACUGGCAACCCGGCGAGAUGUGGUUCAACAUGGGUUCCGUCGAGCGUCGAGGAGUCGUCAAGGGACUUGAGCAGGGUAAAGAGUACUCGCUCGAAGUCAGGUCUUGGUUCAGGAAGGACCUUAGAGGAUCUCCCUUCAAGUCGGCGGGAGCCAUCAGGAUCGGAGCGUUGCCCGUGGUCGAGCCUGCUCAGGCCAUUGCCGAUGCCGUCAAGAUCGCUCAACAGGCCGACACUACCAUCGUUGUAGUCGGUCUCAACGAGGACUUUGAGUCUGAAGGUUACGACAGGAAGCACAUGGACCUUCCUGGAACCUCGAACAAGCUCGUCUCGGCCGUCCUCGCCGUCGCGCCCAACGCCAUCAUCGUCAACCAGUCCGGAACCCCGGUCACCAUGCCUUGGGUGGACCAGGCUUCGACCUUGGUGCAGGCGUUCUACGGAGGAAACGAUGUUGGUAACGGUCUGGCGGAUGUCCUCUUUGGCAAGCUGAACCCUUCGAGCAAGCUCGCCUUGUCCUUCCCUAAACGACUUGCCGACUCGCCCUCGGACAUUGGGUUCGGAAUCACCUCGCCCUCGUACGGCAAGACCCACUACCAGGAGAGCAUCUUUGUCGGUUACCGACACUUUGAAAAGUCUCAAACCGAGACCCUCUUCCCGUUCGGUUACGGUCUCUCCUACACGACCUUUGCGUUCUCGGACGUUUCGGCUUCGUCAGUCUCGGCCGAGGGUGACUUUGAAGUCUCGUUCAAGGUCAAGAACACGGGCAAGAUUGCCGGGAAGGAGGUCGCUCAGAUUUACAUUCGAGACGUCGAGAGCAGCCUCGGUCGACCGAUCAAGGAGCUCAAGGCAUUCGAGAAGGUCGCCCUCGAGGCCGGGGAGGAAAAGACCGUCACCGUCAAGUUGGACAAGGACGCGCUCAAAUUCUGGGACGACAGUCGAAAGUACUGGAAGGCGGAGGCGGGAGAGUUCGAGGUUUUGGUCGGAAACUCGUCCGACAACGUACCUCUUAAGACAAGCGUCAAGCUCGAGAAGACGUUGACUUGGUUGGGAUUGUAAACUGCGGUCGUAUCGACCAAACGCGGGUAAUUCAGACAAAAGGUUGUACAGCAUAGAUGAAUUUCACGGAUAUCGAUUAGGCAUUUCAUUCCAAC